AGUCGCAUGUUGUCCCAUCUCUGCAUUCAUUUCCGGCUCUUCAAGCUGCGAGCCGGCUGGCGACAUGGCGUUGUACAACUUCAAGAAGAUUAUGGUGGUCCCCACCGCCAAGGACUUUAUAGACCUGACAUUAUCAAAGACUCAACGAAAGACUCCAACAGUCAUUCAUAAACAUUAUCAAAUUCACCGUAUUAGACAUUUUUACAUGAGGAAAGUUAAAUAUACUCAGCAGAAUUAUCAUGAUAGACUCACCCAGAUUUUGACUGACUUCCCCAAAUUAGAUGAUAUCCAUCCAUUUUAUGCUGAUUUGAUGAAUGUUCUUUAUGACAAGGAUCAUUAUAAGUUGGCCUUAGGACAAAUUAAUAUUGCUAAAAAUCUAGUGGACAAUGUUGCCAAAGAUUAUGUUCGGCUUAUGAAAUAUGGGGAUUCUUUAUACCGCUGUAAGCAGCUCAAACGUGCAGCCCUGGGCCGUAUGUGCACAAUUAUCAAGAGACAGAAACAGAGUCUAGAAUAUCUGGAACAAGUGCGUCAGCAUUUAUCCCGUCUGCCAACUAUUGACCCAAAUACUCGGACUUUGCUUCUGUGUGGGUAUCCAAAUGUUGGAAAAUCCAGUUUUAUUAAUAAGGUGACAAGAGCAGAUGUGGAUGUGCAGCCUUAUGCCUUUACAACCAAAUCUUUGUUUGUAGGGCACAUGGAUUAUAGAUAUUUGCGUUGGCAGGUGGUUGACACUCCAGGGAUUCUGGACCAUCCUCUGGAAGAUAGGAACACUAUUGAAAUGCAGGCUAUAACAGCAUUAGCCCACCUUCGUGCUGCUGUGUUGUAUGUCAUGGAUGUGUCUGAACAGUGUGGUCAUAAUCUGGAAGAACAACUGAAACUCUUUAAAAAUAUUAAACCACUUUUUGCUAAUAAGCCUCUUAUAAUUGUAGCAAAUAAAUGUGAUGUGAAGAGAAUAUCUGAACUUCCAGAAGAUGACCAGAAAAUAUUUGCAGAUUUGGAAGCUGAAGGACUUCCUGUUAUAGAGACAAGCACCCUGACUGAAGAAGGUGUUAUUAAAGUUAAAACAGAGGCUUGUGAUAGACUUUUGACUCAUCGAGUUGAAACCAAAAUGAAAGGAAAUAAAGUGAAUGAUGUGCUCAACAGGUUGCAUUUAGCAAUACCAAGCAGAAGAGAUGAUAAGGAGAGGCCACCAUUCAUUCCUGAAGGGGUGAUAGCACGCAAGAAAAGAAUGGAAAUUGAUGCACCCAAAAAGAAAAGGGAACGAGAUCUUGAGCUGGAAAUGGGAGAUGAUUACAUUUUGGAUCUUCAGAAAUAUUGGGAUCUAAUGAAUUCAUCUGAAAAAUAUGAUAAAAUACCAGAAAUUUGGGAAGGCCAUAACAUAGCUGAUUAUAUUGAUCCAGACAUCAUGGAGAAAUUGAAAGAGUUAGAGAAGGAGGAAGAACUAAGAGAAGCUGCUGGAGAAUAUGACAGUGAAUCAGAAACUGAAGAUGAAGAAAUGAUGGAAAUCCACCAGUUGGCAAAACAAAUUCGUGAGAAAAAGAAAUUGAAAAUUCUGCAAUCUAAAGAGAAAGAUACAUCAGGACCCAGAAUGCCUCGUACUGCUAAAAAGGUUCAACGGAAAACUUUGGAGAAUGAGAUGCGCAGCCUUGGUAUUGACAUGGAUGAUAAAGAUGAUAGCCAUUAUGCCAACCAGGCAAGAAGAUCUCGAAGUGUUACAAGGAAACGUAAGCGUGAAGAGUCUGUUCCUCCCAUUUCUAAAAGCCGAAGCCGCAGUUGCUCACGUCCACCACGUGAUGUUUCUGGCUUGAGAGAUGCCAAGAUGGUGAAGAAAGCUAAAACCAUUAUGAAGAAGGCUCAGAAGAAGAUGAAUCGCUUAGGAAGAAAAGGAGAAGCUGAUAGACAUGUGUUUGAUAUGAAACCAAAACAUUUAUUGUCUGGCAAGAGGAAAUCUGGUACAAAAGACAGACGAUAAAAAAUACCCUGUUGAAUUUAAACUCCUAUACUGUCUUGCUUGGAAAUUGAGGAGAAACUCAGCUAUGCUGAUAGAUUGAAUAAACAACAUCAUAAAUAUGAUGGAUAUCUUACGAUUUCUUUGGAAUUGUGCAUCUAAAUCCUUAGACUUUUAAGGAUUAUGUUGAUUUCCAACAGAGAAAAACCCUAAUUUUUUGCUCUGUAGGUUCUAUACUAAGGUUUUUCUUCAAAUGUAAAACAUCCCUAGGUAUCUGAUGGCUUAAGUAAUAUUGCCACAAGAGCCCUGUAAACCCAUGGUAAUUUUAGAUAAAUGGAAACGCAUAUGAUAUGUAAGGAAAGUACUUAGGAAGGAAUUUUAUUAAAAUGUCAGAACUGUGUGACUCAGAGACUUUUUCUAUCAGUUGUGCAAUUAUCUUUCUAUAUCAUUAAUCUACUGGAUAUAACCAUUAAUGUAAAAUAAGUUUUUUGCAUAAGAAUAUUUGAUUUUUAUAAAAGUUUAUUAUAAAUAAUCAAAUAUGGCUAUUACAGAGAAAAGGAAAUAGAAUGGAUGACUUCUAUUUUUUAAACCAAACAGCAUUUUUGUUGGUCUUCAAUAAAGCUUGAAAUAUUUUUAAAAUCUAAA